UGAUUUUUAUCCGGAUUCCUAAUUCAAGGAUCGCACUAUCGUCACUCUGUCUUCCUGAGUACAGUCUGCUCCGUAAUGGCGUCGCUAUCUCUCCGCUCCGUGCUGCUGCGUGCUCCAUGCGCACGUUUCCCGUUCGCCUCCUUCCACUCCAGCACGGGAUCUCUACGCACUCGCGCAGCAGAGCGCUCUCAGACGGGAGCAUCCGUCUCCUCGUCUAGCGACUCGACGUCGCCUCUAAUCAGUGUCCGGAAUGCUGCCACCUCGCAUGGGCAACUGGACGUGCUUCUGCCACUUCCGGGGGUCAUGGGCCUCACGCGGUUGGGGCUGGACGACGCGAACGCGAGUGUCCAGGAUCUAAUUGAGGCAGUGCGACAUGCUGAUGCCUCAUUGAAGGCCGUGGAGAUAGCUACAACGGACGGCACUAAGCUCGCUCGUACUGUGCGUCUGGGCGAGCUCACGUCCAUGCCUUUUUGUCUGAGACUCAACCACGUGAACGUGUUGGUGGAGAGCGACGUCGCUGCAAUGGACGAUCGCAGGGCAAGGGAGGAGAGCGUGGCCUUUGCCACAGUCAAGGCCGAGAUCGAGAGGGACCCUCGACUCAUUGUGAGUAGAAGUACUCAAUUAGGCAUCUUCAUAUCGGAAUGAUGACUUAUGUUUUGUGAGUUUAG